AUGUCAGCUCGUCCAUCCUCUGUCUCGCCGGUGCCAACGCCAGCGACAACGACCACGGCUGCUGCCUCAGCCGGCUCAGCUGCGUCUUGGGUCGAUCUGCGCCUCGAGCAGAGUUCGCUGCUCCUGCGCGCUCCAGACCAGAUCGUCCAGCACCGCAGUGGCGACGUCCUCAGCUCCAACAUUAUUCUCAAGGCUGCGCAAUACCCAGGCAAGUGGAAUCGCCCCAACAACGGCGGGAAAGGGGAAAUCUUUGAAAUCGCGGAUUCCGGCAUCAACUCCAAGCUGCAGCCGCAGUUCGCAGGCGCACCCAACUUCCGCCAAGUGGAUCAAGCGACGAUCGAUGUGUACGGCGUUGCACUGCCCACUGUGAAUGGCGCCGCGGCUGUGCUCGUCGCGCUGGGCACUGGAGCAACGACGACGACGACGACGACGCAGACUGGAGCGUCGUCAUCAGUGAGCGCGGCGGGACAGGUCCAGGCACCCUCCGCCACCACUGCUGCUUCUACUGGUACUACUGGUACUACUGGUACCACUAUCACUGCCGCUUCGGCGGUCGGGGCCGGUACGGCGACAGGAUUGCCCGCUUCAGAGGCGACCGCUGGAUCGCCAUCACCAAGCGUUGCACCUGCACAACUCAUCAUGCCCGGAACCACAACGACAGCUACAACGAGUGCAAACGCACCACUGUCGGACGGCGCGGCGGCUGCGUCGGGGCGCCAGCUUGGCCCGCGAAGCUUGUCCAGCGGAUUUGCUCGCUCAUCCACGGCCGGAUUGCUGCCUCCGGUCGUGUUUGAGCCGCGCAAGUGUGUCUGGUUUAACGUGAGCGAUCGCCCAAUCGUGUACAUUAACGGAACGCCGUACGUUGUGCGCGAGCUGGAUGCUCCACUCGAAAGCGACUCCAUGUUUGCCGGUCUCGACGCCAAUCGUCUCGAGCAGAUGGAGAUGCGCCUCCAGGCUGAUGUCGAGCGCGAAGCCCUGCGCACCAGCGGCAUGGUGCUCGUGCACGAAGAGCAGUCUCCUGGCGUGCCUGUUCCCACUUGGAUUGCUGCAUCCCAAAUUCAAACCCCACGCCAAGUCUUUGAGCAGCUUGCGCAGCGCUUUGACAUUCUGUACUACCGCGUUCCAAUCUCAAUGUGGUUGUACCACCAAAGCAAGUACUUUGACGCCUUCAUUCAAACCAUUCGCGAGACCAAUCCGAAUGAUGCGGUUGUGUUUAGCUGCCGCAUGGGCACCAAUCGAACAACCUUUGGUAUGGUGGCCGCCGCCAUCAUUCGCCGCACGCAGCUGCUGAACGCAGAGAAGGCUGAAACGUCGAUUUUGCGCAAGCGCGGAUCCGAUGAAGAGAAAAUGACCAAAAUGCUGCUUCGGCUCGUGUUUGUUCUUGAGCAAGCUCUCAAACCGACAAAGGGCGCCGCCGAACACGCUGGUUCCGCCAUCGAGUGGGCGCUCGCACGCGGGUCCUUGAUCUCGUCGCUCGGUGACGCGUUGACCGGGCACUACCAGGUCAUUACAAACCUGAUUCGCUACCUUGCCAAUGGCCCACAAAGCAAGCUGCUCGUGGACGAUAUCAUUGAUCGCUGUGAAGCCAUGAUCAACCUCCGCGAGAGCAUUCUCGUUCAUCGUGUGCGGUACUCGGCAGAUCCCUCCAAGGAAGGCGCGGCUUUGCACCAUUGCAUUGUUGCGCUGGAGCGAUACAUUUAUCUCAUCGCCUUUGCCUCCCACGUGUCUGAGAACGCGAAAAACCUGUCCAAACGUCUCAAGCAGCCAAGCGGCAGCACGAUUUCCACUGAACCGCAGACGUUCAAGCAGUGGAUGGAGUCUCAGCCUGCCCUGCAAAACAUGCUGCAUGUGCUGCGCCGUUCUGGUCCCAAGCUCGUUCAACUCCGGCCUGUCGAAGACCUGUCAACCUUGUCGCCGUUGUUCCAGCACGGAGCGCAACGCCCGAAGGCCGACAUCCCGGACAAGAGCGUGCUGCACUCUCAGUUGGAAUCCUCCAUCACGCGCCAUCGACACGGCACGGUGCUUGGUCCGCGCACCAUUCUGAAGCUGGACCACUGGCCGUUCAAGGGCAUGCUGCCGUCGAUCGUGGACGGUGCGCCCAACUUCCGUCGUGUCGGCGACAUGUACUUGUUUGGUAGCGCGCAGCCGACCGCUGCAGGGUUGCGGGCCAUCUGCGGCUUGCUCAACCAGCGGGCCAAUGCUGCUGCUUCGAUGCCGCCAGCGGCCUCUUCCAUCGUUGCUGGUAUUCCAGCCCACCUCAAGGUCGUCUGGAUUAACUUGCGCGAGGAGCCACUGGUCUACAUUGAUGGCAAUCCUUUCGUCCUGCGCGACCAGUUUGCCACGCUGCGCAACAUCAAGUCGUACUCGGGCAUUGCCCCACGCACCUUGGAGGACAUGGAGCGCCGUCUGUGCACCGAUGUCAUGAAGGAAGCAGAAGAGUACGACGGUGCCAUUCUUGUGCAUCGUGAGAUGGAGGGUGGUGUUGUGCAGGGAACGAUGACUGAAGUAACCGGACGCGACCAGCACCGCUCGCUGACGGCGGCAUCGACGCCCGAUGUCCUGAACGACAGCGGCAGCUCGCUUGUGUCUCCACUGUUGCUGGGCGCUGCCCCUCUUGCAGCGUCGUCGCUGGAAUUGGGACCCUCUGCGUUGCCUGCUGCAGCUGCCGAUCCGGCGCUUGCAACCCCGCGACAGCUCUUUUUGAUGAUGACUCAGGUUGGGUUUGACGUGACCUACCAUCGCAUUCCCAUCACCGCCGAGCAGCUGCCCGAGUUUAGCGAUUUUGACGCCAUCGUGCGACUCAUUUGCUCGUACGACCCACGUCGCACGGCGUUCGUAUUCAACUGUCAGAUUGGCUCUGGCCGCUCGACCAUUGGCACGGUGAUUGCUCGUCUGGUCAUUCGCUGGCUCAGCUCGAUGGAGAGCGAAGUGCCCGAGGACGAAAGCGUCGGCAAUGGGUCCAGGGCGAUGGCAGCGGAGAUCUCAGCAGCCGCUGCUGCUCCCUUCCCUGCUGCUGGAACCGCUCCGACGACGCCCGCGACACCAGCCACGCCUGGCACGCCGUCUACCGGCGCGUUUGGCUCGCCGUCUCGCCGAGGCAGGACUGCCGCCAACCCCCUCAAGAAGCAGUUUACACUGGCCAACGAUCCCCCUGCGUCUGAUGGCGCGUUGUCGUCCGCAGCAUCCGCUGGUGCGUCCGCUUUGGUCGGGGAUUCAGGAGCGAGCGUGUCGCGGUCGCCUGCCACCAAACUCACCAUCACGCCAGUCGCUGGAAAAGUUGAUCGUAUUGCCGUUUCGAGCGACACGAAUCAGUACCGAGGUGUGCUGGCUCUGAUGCGCGUGCUCCAGAAUGGCCUUGAAUGCAAGGCGGUCGUUGACGAAGCCAUUGACGUAUGCGGCGCUGUGAUCAAUUUGCGCGAGUCGGUCGAUUUGUGCCGCAAGCUGGCCGAGCAAGAGUCGGACGAGACGCGGCAGCAUGUCCACAUCCGGACUGGCAUUGCCCAGCUCAAGCGCUACUUUUUGCUCAUUGCCUUCCAGGCGUACCUGCUGCAAAACAACUCGACCAGUCUCGACCAGAUGCCGUCGUUUGCCUCGUGGAUGCAAGCCCAUGUCGAGCUCAACGGCAUGCUCGAAGACAUUUCCGAGGGCGGAAUGCUGUCGCUGCGCCCUGUGCACGAGGUCGAGAUUGACUCUGGCGUGUUUACCUUGACCAACGAAGUCACGUCCGUCAUUCGCUCUCGCAGCGGUGCCGUGCUGGCGCCACUGACCAUUCUCAAGUCAGACCACUUCCCUGGAUGUCAAAAGCUGUCCCUGCUUGAUCGCAUUGACGGUGCGCCCAACUUCCGCCAAGUUGCCCUGUCCCAGUUUGGUGCGCGCACGGGCCCCUCGGUGUUUGCUUGCGCUGUGCCGACUGUUCCUGCCAUCAAGCUGGUCGUUUCUCGCACGGGUGCUGGUCCCGGCGGAGCAAGGACGCUGCUGUGGACGUCUCUGCGUGAGGAGCCGGUUGUUUACGUGAAUGGCAACCCAUACGUGCUUCGAAGCGUCGAUGACCCGCUGAAGAAUCUCGAAACGACCGGUAUUGCCCGCGUCCGCGUUGAAUCGAUGGAGGAAAAGCUGCGCAACGACAUUCUCGCCGAAGCUGCAGCUCUUGGCAAUCGACUGCUUCUUCACGGCGAGAGCGAUACUGGCGUUGUCAUUCCUGUCUGGGAAGCCGUGACCGAAGCCGACGUUCUGACUCCCAAGCAGGCGUACGCACAGAUUCAACAGGAGGGCUACAAUGUGGAUUACUUGCGUGUGCCAAUCACGGACGAACAAGCACCAAUCCCCGAGGUAUUCGACGAGCUGCUUUCUCGCGUCAUGCGUUCAAGCGCCACCACAGACCUGCUCUUCAACUGCCAGAUGGGCCGUGGCCGUACAACGACGGGCAUGGUGAUUACGUGCAUUGUCGAACUGUGCGGCGUGUUUGCGAGCCGCGCCACAGGCACUGACACGCCCGACGAGGAAGAGGUCGAAGAGAUGCGCCUCCUGGCGACGCCUGACUCGAUGGAGAACGCCGAAAAGCAGCGAUUGCUGGACGGGCAUUACCGAGUCAUUCAGCAGCUGGUGCGUGUGUUGUCGCACGGCCGCAGAAGCAAGGGGAUUGCCGAUCGCGCAAUGGACGCGUGUGCCCACGUUCAAAACCUGCGCACCGCCAUCUACGAGUUCAAGGCUCGGUGCGCCGUCGACAUUAAUUCCAAGCAGCGCGACCUGCUCGUUGAGCGCGCCACGAAUUACCUCGUCCGUUACUUUUACCUGAUUUGCUUUGCCAACUAUCUCUUGGACGAGGCCGUGUACAACAAUGCCGACUGCAGCAGUGCAAUCAGCGGCGCUCGCUGCUCCUUCCAGUCCUGGCUGACCGAGCGUCAGGAGAUUGCCCUGCUUGUUGAUCAAGCGCAUCAUGAUAUUGCUUGA